UAAAAAUCGUAAUCUUCGUCAUAGACCGCCCUCACACAAGUGCGGCUUCGCCGUAAACGCGCUCCGCUGAAAUCGAAAAUCGGAGCACAUUCCUCGAGACGAAUGGAGGAUGCUUCGGCUCCUCGUCUUUCUUUUUUUUUUCACGCGAUUACGUUAUUAGUCUCUUCGAAACAGGUUCCUGCGUCUAGACGAGCGAUUGCUCAACUGAUGAUGAGCCGCGUUCUUACAAAUCGAGUAGUGUUGUAAGUGGUGAAUGCGGUCGACGCGAUGCGGGAGCGAAGCGUCGCUUCGUGUGAUCUCGUUCGCGGUAUGAGCGGUAAGUUGGCGUGAAAGGUGAAGAAGGAACUCUUUAGACGAGAAUCAUAUAACGGAGCGGAGCGAAGCUGGAAGGAAGGGUAUAGUGUGCGUGCCGGUAUGGCGACGUGUACGGGGGCAUUAUAGAGGAGGGGAUGUCUCGCGUCCCACGAUAAAGUCCUUCGUUCCUCCACGGCUACUAUUCAAGGCAGAGGCUCAGUCAUCACGCGAAAGUUCCUCGGAGUCCUUCGGAUCGAAAUCGUUGCAUUUCGCUGAAUUGUCUAGCACUUAAACCGCGAUCUGAGGAAGAUGACGGGAGAUUGGAGGACCAUUUUUGUAACCGGCGGCGCCGGUUACAUCGGCAGUCAUUGCAUCGUCGAGCUUCUGGAGUGCGGAUACGACGUGGUAGCCAUAGAUAACUUUGCAAACAGCGUGACAGAAACCGAUGGUGAAUCCGCGGCGCUCAAGAAGGUCGAGCAAAUAACAGGAAAGAAAGUUACGUUCUACAAUUGCGACCUGCUCGACAGAGAGAAGCUCGAAUCCGUCUUCAACAAGCACAAAAUAGAUUGUGUAAUACAUUUUGCGGCUAUCAAAGCAGUCGGCGAGUCGAUGCAAGUUCCGCUUCAUUACUACCGGAACAACAUAAUCGGUGCUAUCAAUCUGUUAGAGGUGAUGAAAGCGGCUGGCUGUUUUCAAUUAGUAUUCAGUAGCUCUUGCACGGUGUAUGGGGAGCCUACAGAAUUGCCAAUUACGGAAAACCACGUGACCGGCAAUAUUACUAAUGUGUACGGCCGUACGAAAUACUUCAUCGAAGAAAUGCUGAAGGAUAUAUCUAGAGCUGAAAAGAGUUGGAACAUUAUAUCUCUAAGAUAUUUCAACCCGGUAGGAGCGCAUAGUAGCGGAUUAAUCGGGGAAGAUCCGACGAAGCCAUUUACCAAUCUGAUGCCGUAUAUCGCUCAAGUCGCCUUAAGGCACAAGCCGGAACUGAUUAUAUUCGGCGGAGACUAUCCUACGAAAGAUGGCACAGGUAUCCGUGAUUACAUUCACGUUAUGGAUUUAGCAUCGGGUCACGUGGCGGCGCUGAACGCUUUGCACAAAGAGCAUCUCAGGCUAAAAAUUUACAACUUAGGUACUGGCAAGGGUGUAUCUGUAUUGGAAUUAAUAAAGACGUUUGAAAAGGUUACUGGUACUACCGUACCGUACGUCAUGAAAGAAAGGAGAGAGGGUGACAUUGUGUCCAUGUACGCUAACACAGAUCUGGCGAAGAAAGAAUUGGGAUGGACAGCGAAAUACAAUGUCGAGCAAAUGUGUCAAGACUUUUGGAGGUGGCAAACGAUGAAUCCGCACGGUUAUCGGACUCCAUUAAAGAACGGUAUUAAUGCAAAUAACAUAUUGUAACGAUGAAUUGUAUUGAGGGGAUUAUACAGAAACGAAAUUUGUAAUAAAGAAUCAAGAUGCGUUAUAAAACUUA